AUGGAUGAGUUAAACAACUAUUUAAGGUCACGGCAUGUGCCUGAGGAAGACAUACAGAGAAUGGAAGAUGAGAAGAUUGAUUCCAGUGUCAUACACCUCAUGACAGAUGACCAGCUUAAAGAGUAUCUGCCAUCCUAUGGCGAUCGACUGGCUGUUUUUGGAUACUGCAGACGUAACGAAAAUCAACCCAGCAGUCGCAAGUCAAAGAUCUUUGAGCGGCUUAGAGCAAGAAUCUCACGAAACAAAGGUGAUCACGUGUCCGAGAAAGAUUAUCAAACCCCUCCAAAGAAUGCUCAGAAGAAUCAUAGAAAAAUUGAAAUAGGAUGGAUGCAUUUCCGAGAAGUGGGAUUCAUGCAGGUACGAACCAAAAAGGGCGGGGGAACCAGAAAAGAGAGUGUCCCGAAGAGCUGUAACAAAUACAACUUGAUCGAAAAGGCAGCACAGUUGUUUUUUCCAGGUGGGAAAAAUGCUGAGGGGAGUCUUACUGAUUUUGACAUUGAUGUAGUUGACUUCCAGCAGCAUGCGUUAGACGAUAGUUUCACAGUUGGGAAACUGUAUGAAAAAACAAAGUUACCUGUCUUGCGUUUCUACUUAACAACCAAGAAGAGAGACAUUGCCAGUGUCAUAAGUCUGGAUGAAGAGAAAUGUGAUUCACCUGCUGAAGAAGCUGAAAAGACACAGGAACGACCUGAUAUCUAUCGCCACUCUCCAAACACUUCUGCAACGGACACUGGGGAACAAAAUAUUUCAGAUGUAAUUUUUGUUGGAAGCAGCACAGUAUUUGCAAAUGCAAGCAGUGAGAGUGUUUCCCUUCUUUACAACACAGUCGACCCAACUGAUGCAUCUAUUUUGUCAGAACAUGAACAAUUACAUAAUGUGGAUGCUUUAGAUGAUACUGGCAUUGUAACUUUCCGCACAGAAAUCAUCACUGGGAUGGAUUACUCCAGUCUUGAUGAUACUUUUAGGCACCGAUAUACUGGGACUAAGACCUGUUCCCGUUACAUGUUCAUCCCUACCGGCGUCAUCAGGACGGACAUCAUCACCAGAUCCUAA